AUGAGAUCUCAGGGACAGCGGAUUUCUGAUCGCCUGACUGUUGAGGUUGAUUGCCACUCUCUGGGGCCUAGCGAAUGCCCCUCGAUGACUUCGAGUUUCUCUCCUUUAGAGUCUCCGACUCCCACCCCCACUAGCCUCUAUAGCCAAGGUUCUCUGGCAUCACCAGGCUGGCACGAAACCGGCACCUAUCACGGCUUACCUAUGGAGCGACGGGCUUCUGCGACGCCCCUGCGAAGUGCCUUCCGCAUGUCGGACUUCCCAGCAGCCGAGGGUAUCGGCAUGCCUGUUGGGAGCUUGGAACGCCAGGACCAGAUCCCCAUGACCGCCGAGUACCUCUCCGGCUACGACGAGAACGUCGAUCAGUUCUGGAUCCCUCAUGAUUCAAUUCCAAAGACCUUUGAGCAACCCACAUUCCCUUACCAAGCGCCCAUGACCCAAUAUCACCACACGAUGGGACGCAACCAUUACUAUCGCCCGCAAACUCACGCGGCAUACUUGCCCGAGUCCGCAUCCAACCCUUGUCUCUCCCGUCCCAUGUUCAACCAGCCUGAACGUCUUCCCAACUCUGCAUCCAUGGCAAACAUGUUGCCUUGGAUGGCGGCCACAGAGUCUAUGCCACCGACCAUCACUCCCGCACAGACCCUGGCUGGCCCUGUCACACCCCCCUCUUCCAGCUACUCCGAGUUCCCCGCCAGUCUCCAAACCUUCAAGCCUCACACCCCUACUACCCCGGUGCGAUCAAUGUCUUUGGGAACUCCCGGCAGUGAUACUCCAAACAGCCGUAUGUCCGGCCACAUUGAGUACCAAGAGGAAUUCCCACCAUCACCAGUGUACAGGGAUGGCCACAUGAUCCGCACACACCGUCAACCAUCUCGCAAGCCGUCAAAGAAGCAGCUCCUCCGCUCCAACUUGAGUCUGGAGAAUCUGCCCGCAGUCAUCAAGCAGGUCCAGUUCAAGUGCAAGGAGCCUGGCUGCAAGGGCCGUUUCAAGCGCCAGGAGCACUUGAAGCGUCACAUGAAGAGCCAUUCCAAGGAGAAACCCCAUGUGUGCUGGGUGCCUGGUUGCCAUCGUGCUUUCUCCCGAAGCGACAACCUCAACGCGCACUAUACCAAAACCCACAGCAAGCGGGGCGGUCGCAACCGCUAUGUUUCCACCCUCGACGAGACUAGCCCGGAUUACAAUCCUGAAUUCCGUGGCCAGCUGACCCAGGAUGGGCGUCCCAUUUACGGGUCCAAACUAGAGGAAAUUCCUGAUUGCGACAUCAGCGUUGAUAGCUGGGAUGAUUAG